AUGUCAAUACUCAGUAUUAUCAUUUUCAUAUUAAUUUAUGUUUCAUCUGUACCUAUCUCUAAUUUCACUAAGCCAACAACACUUCCUAAAUAUUUUGCAAUUGAUAUUGAUGGUACAUUCUUCAUAAAUGAUCAAACAAAAUUCCAAAGGAACGUAGAGGCUUUCAAAAAACUAAAACAAAAGAACGUUACCGCAUUCUUCUGUACAGGGAGGGAUACGCAUUGUACAAAAAAUUUAUUAGGAGAUUCAUUUUUCAAUGAUACAGGAUACACCAGGUUUCCAGGUGUAUACCUAAAUGGAGCAGUAGUUUAUGAUGAUAAAGGAGAAGUAAUACAUAUGAAAACCUUUUCAGAAGAGUUUCUCCAAGCGUUCUACAAAUUUAUGGAUAAAGAAUCAAUUUCAGAUAAGGUAAUAUUUCAAGGUAAGGACGGUUGUUAUUGUCUGGGAGAACUUUAUGAAGACGGGAAAAAAUUCAUGGAAUCAAAGAAGUUGAGUUUACCAACUAAUGCCACUAAAGAUACCUUAAAUAAUAUAGUGGGAAUCUCUUUACCAUUCAUGCCAUUGGUUAUAGAGAACAUGAAAGAGGGAACGGAUUAUAAUGUUAAGACUGCUUAUAACGUAAUAACCCAGAUAACACCUCCUGAUAGUAACAAAAAAAUUGGUCUUCAAAAACUAUUAGAACAUCUUGGCUCAAAUGAAAAUGAGUGUGCAUUUAUUGGUGAUGAUUUGAAUGAUAUUGAACCUAUGGAGUACUGUUAUCUUUCAUUUGCAGUUGCUGAUGCACAAAAUGAGGUUAAGAAUAAGGCAAAGUGGGUGUUAGAUAAAAAACACGAUGAAUGUGCUUUUGAAAAUGUAGUUAAACUACUGUAUGAUGAUUAA